AUGGCAUCAAAUAGUUUGAAAACCACAGCAAUCCGUACACUCCGUACAACAUUAAGUACAUCGUCCAAAUCCUCGUUCGCGCCCAUCCUCGCCAAUCGUGGUAUUGCUGGAACGACCAGAAAUUCAACCUCAUUAAAAUCAACCACUUCUAGCCAACAACCUAGGACCCCUUUCUUACCACGAGAUUUCGUUGGCAAUUUCCCCAACUCAUUCAUUAAAUCAACAACAAUAACCACAACCUCUUUCGAUACUCUUAUCAACUCACUCACGCACUCUCUCACCACAUCAUCCACCCCACAUCUCCCUACCCUCACAUCUCUCCUUCGCAAUUACACAUCGAAGAAUCCUUCCGAAUGGCAAAAAUACGCAUAUGCAAACCCAAACAAACAAUACACCAGGAAUUUGGUAGCGGAAGUUGAGGGGGUUUUCAACUUGUUGAUGUUGGUUUGGACACCCGGAAAAGAAAGUAAAGUGCAUGAUCAUGCGGCGAGUCAUUGUUUGAUGAAGAUUAUGAAGGGGGGGUUGAGGGAGACGAGGUGGGUUACACCUGAUGGGGGUAUGAGUGAGGGAUGUGGAAAGGGGAGACGGGAGAUGAUGGGGGAAAUGGAGAUUGAGGGAGUGAGGGAAUACAAGAGAGAGAAGGUCGCGUAUAUGUGUGAUGAUAUGGGACUUCACUCCAUCGCCAAUCCUAGCGCAACCGAAUAUGCAGUCUCUCUACAUCUAUACACACCCCCCAACGCUGCAAUGCACGGCUGCCAUAUCUUCGACCCCACAACCGGAAUCAAAACACACGUCGCACCUGGUGCUUAUGAUUCGGUGAAGGGAGUCGUUCGUGAUGUUUAG